AUCUUGGGCUCGUUCAAUGCCGAGCAUGGGCAUAGGAGGAUGGCAAGUCGUGCCGUCCGGCGCAGCACCGUCGGCAAACCGAACGAUGGAGAGUCGCCGCUCCAUCGGUGGCCGGCCCAUCCGAGGUGACACAUCUGAAGCCGCGCUGUCGGUGGAUCACCCCCCCGUCUCUCGGUUCGACAUCACCACCAAGCGCCUCGUCACAAACAUCAUACCUGGGGUCCUGAUCUUCGUUGCAAGCUUGCUCUUGGUUGUGCUCUCUGUCUUGACCCUCCUUGUACUCGUGUCCCAGGGCAUGUUCGAGCGACUCGUGGUGUCCGUGAAUGCACAAUCAACCAAGUACUACUGGGCUCCGUAUGGUCAAAGUUGCCUCUUGAACAAAAGCGGGUUUAUUCCCAGCUCAUGUAGCAGCGUCGAGCUCACGGUGGCACCAGCCGCCGCGUGGGCUGCCAUCGGCACUGUGUUGGCACAGCAGUGGACGGCAGAAAUGCGCGAAGCUGGGGGCGUGUUGCGCGUGACGACAUGUGCGGUGGGCGGCACGUCCGCCGUAGGUUGGGCCAACCUUCAAUUCAUUGCAGGAUACGACUACUUUCCCGAGUGCCUCCCGUCGACCCCUCAAGAUGUGGCCGGGAUGGCUGUGCUCGAGACGACAGUUCGUGACAACCACGUCGAGGGGCUGUACUUCGUCACGUUGUACAGUGACCUGGACGUUACGAUGACGGUGGCGACAAGCACCAAUUCCGACGGCACGACCCAAAAUCUAAUGAGUAACCCCAAGCGCACCCUUGUGACGGGCACGGGCAAGAUCGAGAAGGACGAUCUUGGACAAGAUUACAUUAUAAACGCGUAUCCACUUAGCGCACGGUACAAAGUCACGGGGAUGUGUGUGACAGAGAUUGAAGAGUUGAGCAAGCUCCGCGUGGACUUGCAUCUGUCUGGAUGGAGUCGAGGAAAGCACUCGCAGCUCCCCGUCGUGCCAGGCUGGCGCUGCGGCCAUCGCGUGGCCAACGCAAACGAACUCAUGGCUAUCCAAAUCGUGUUGACACUGCUCACACUGUGCCUGCUCACGGGCGACAUUUACGUCACAUUGGAAGGCUUUCGGGGUCUCGUUACGGGCGAGCACGUGAUGACCUACAACUUUGUGGCCGGCCUCGAACGACGCAAGGCGCUGUUACUGUGCCUGAUCCUAAACUCGGUGCCGGGCGUCCUGUAUUUGGACGUGGCGCGGAUAUACUACUUUACGUCCAACGGCAUGCAAUUGUGGGCGCUGUCGGCGGUCGUCACGGCCACGUGCUUUUCGCUUGGGUGGCUUCUCGUCGUGUCCAUCGUGGAUUUGAUUCCUUGUCGAUGGCACAAUCGGUGCGUGGGGUACUCUGCGCCGCUAUUCCUGUUUACGUCGAUUGCCACCGUCACAGCAGCCUGCUGCAAGAACUCUGCGUUUGAGACCGCGGCCAACAAAUUCUACGCCGCCGACCCGUACUUGGGGCUGUGGAUCAACAACGCGACGUGGCCAAGUGGGUCGUAUGUGGCCACGGGCACGCCGGUCGUGCUCACGUACCUCGUGGGUGAGAUCGUUUACCCGGUCGUCGGUUCGUUUGCCGCGUCGAUUCUCGUCAUGACGGUGUACCGAGCCCUUCAACACCACUCUUUGUUAAUCGACACGACGUGGUGCCGCAACAAUUCGUUCCUGCGGCAAGCCAACAUGCCCAACUUCAUCACGUCGCUGCCGCUCGAGCCGAGCGUCGCCAUCCGACUCGGCCACGACAUGUACAUGCGACCAAGUGUCCACUCUGUCUGCGUAGUACGCUUGCCACAGUCGGGUUUGCGACCGUCGUGGACCGCGACACGGUUCGCAACGGCAUCGGCCGCGUCGAGUCGUGCCACGUAGUGACCAUCUACGCGCUGGUCGCGGCGCUCGUAGCGCCCGGGUGGGUUGAAACGAUGGGCGACAUGGAGGAGCAUCAGUUCACCCCGUCUGCGACACUGUGCACGCUACCCGCCAAGAAAAAGUACCUCCAUACCCGCGGCAUGUGUGUCGUCUAAUCAAUCAAACUCCCAUCUCGCACGUCGUACUAUUCUCAUGUUAUAUGCACCACUGUCGUCUCCUGUCAUCCCAAGACUGGAUUAGGAUACAAUCUCGUUCCUCGUCGACUCUGAGGAUUGUAUUCAUUUCACCCAGCGUAUAAGUGGUGGUGACGUGGCAGCCCCACGUUCCAACUAGCUGCUUGGACGUUCGCGAGAAGGGCGGCGACUGCGGUGGGGGCGGGUUGGCGGGGCGUCGUGCCGUUGUUUUCGUUUCUUGGCGCUUUUGUCUUGUUUGGGAGCUGACGAUGCACCAAUCGUCUCGACCGUCGACGGAAUCAUCGUAAAGUCCAUGGACCCACCAUUCUCGUCGAGCAGUUGGUCGGCAAACCACGGCGCCGUGAGCGCGCGUCGCACGGGCCACCGGCGCUUGGGGUCGAGGGCGAGUAAGUUUUCAAACAACUCGAUCGCUGCGUCCGGGAACACCGGCAUGCGCUCAAGAAUCACCUUGCGCAGUCGGGUGUGGUAGUUGUGCUUGGGGCGGACAAACUGGGGCAGGUGCAUCGCGUCAGGCCACACGUCGUCCCGCGGGGACCCGCAGAUCCGGUACAGAUACUCGAGCUGCUUGGGCGCGUCCUUGCCGACGAUCAGCGGCGCGCCGUGCAGGAGGAUGUGCAGCCCCACCACGCCCAGACUCCACACGUCGCUUCGCUUGGUGUACACUUUGUCGCCGAGGAGAAUCUCGGGGGCUGUCGUGUGCAGUGCCGACCCAGACAUGUGCUCGUGGACCUCACUGGCGGACAAGGCGUACCCGCUUGUGCGCGCGCCUUUCAUGUCGACGUGUCGGGCACAGGAAAAGCCCCCCAGUUUCACUUGGUGGUCAUAAACAAACACUAGUGACAAAACGCACAGUGUGUGAGAGUGCGAUGCCUACUUACGAACGUGCAUGGCAUUUCUAGCACACGAUUUUACGGCAACAUGGAAAGAUAGAUAAGGAUGGACAAGGAUAGAUAUAUGGAUGGAUAGAAGAGUACGAGUCGUGCACACUGCCAGCACGACUUGAUCACUUGCAAAACACAUAU